ACAAUAUUAUUUUUGGCACUUAUAAAAAAAAUCAAUUUGUUUAUUUUCCCUUUCACCUGAAGUUGUGUCUACUUUACGACUCGGUUUUCCCAUGUACACUGAUUAACAAUUUAUUUAUUAUAUUAUUCAUAUGAAUCUCAGUAUCAGUAGUAAUAGUCGCAUUCUUUCUUUACUCAAACAGUUUCCGUCAUUUUCUCGCUUCCUUCUCACGUGUUUCAUUUUCCCUACCGUAAAGCGCGGUGAUUCAGUUAAGCCGAUUCAGUUCCGUUACUUGCUAAUUUCUAGCGUUCGCGCCAUUUGACUGAAGAAAAAAGAAACACCGAAGUUGUUGGAACUCAAACGCAAAAGCUGAAAAGCGAUAAUCACAUAGUCGAAAGAGAGAGCAAGUAAUUCCGUUCGAGAGAUCAUGGCGGUUUCCGAGAAAAUCAAAAUCGGCGUCUGCGUUAUGGAAAAGAAGGUGAAAUGUGGCUCCGAGGUUUUUUCGGCGCCUAUGGGACAGAUAUUUGACAGAUUACAAGCGUUUGGAGAAUUUGAGGUCAUACAUUUUGGGGACAAGGUGAUCCUUGAAGAUCCAAUAGAGAGCUGGCCUGUAUGCGAUUGUUUGAUUGCUUUCUAUUCCUCUGGAUAUCCCCUCGAAAAGGCUGAGGCAUAUGCUGCUUUAAGGAAACCUUUCCUAGUAAAUGAACUGGAGCCCCAACAUCUUCUUCAUGACCGAAGGAAAGUAUAUGAGCAUCUCGAAUUGUUUGGAAUCCCUGUUCCAAAAUAUGCCCUUGUAAUUAGGGAAGUGCCGGACGAAGAACUGGAUUACUUUAUUGAGGAAGAAGAUUUUGUUGAAGUUCAUGGCAUGCGCUUUUGGAAGCCAUUUGUGGAGAAGCCUGUCGAUGAAGGUGGAGGUAUGAAGGAAUUAUUCAGGAAGGUUGGUAAUAGGUCCAGUGAGUUCCAUUCAGAGGUGCGAAGAGUGAGGCGUGAAGGUUCCUAUAUAUAUGAAGAAUUUAUGCCAACUGGAGGGACAGAUGUUAAGGUGUAUACAGUAGGUCCUGAAUAUGCUCAUGCUGAGGCAAGGAAGUCUCCUGUUGUUGAUGGUGUUGUUAUGAGAAAUCCUGAUGGGAAAGAAAUUAGAUAUCCAGUGUUACUAACUCCAGCUGAGAAAGAAAUGGCGAGAAAGGUGUGCAUUGCAUUCAGGCAAUCGGUUUGUGGGUUUGAUCUCUUGAGAAGUGAGGGACGCUCAUAUGUUUGUGAUGUGAAUGGAUGGAGCUUUGUUAAAAACUCACACAAAUAUUAUGAUGAUUCUGCCUGUGUGCUGCGGAAGAUGUUGCUAGAUGCAAAAGCUCCUCAUCUUUCUUCAGUGAUUCCACCUACUUUACCAUGGAAAGUAAAUGAGCUAGUGCAACCUUCUGAGGCACUAACUCGUCAGGGUAGUGGUAUCAAUGGCACUUUUGGACAGUCUGAGGAACUACGAUCUGUAAUUGCUGUAAUUCGGCAUGGUGAUAGAACUCCUAAACAGAAGGUGAAGUUAAAGGUUACUGAGGAAAGGCUACUGAACUUAAUUUUAAAAUAUAAUGGUGGCCGACCAAGAUCUGAGACAAAACUUAAAACUGCUGUUCAGCUGCAAGAUCUGUUAGAUGCCACACGAAUGCUGGUUCCUCGCACUAGACCAGGUCUAGAAAGCGACAGUGAAGCUGAAGGUGUUGAGCAUGCUGAAAAGCUUCGUCAAGUUAAAGCAGUUCUUGAGGAGGGAGGACAUUUCUCUGGCAUAUAUAGGAAGGUUCAAUUAAAGCCACUAAAGUGGGACAAAGUAACAAAAAGUGAUGGUGAAGUUGAAGAACGGCCAGUUGAAGCUCUUAUGGUUCUUAAAUAUGGUGGUGUUCUUACGCAUGCUGGCAGAAAGCAGGCUGAAGAAUUGGGAAGAUAUUUCCGAAAUAAAAUAUAUCCAGGAGAAGGUACAGGGCUUCUUCGACUCCAUAGUACAUACCGCCAUGAUCUUAAGAUUUACAGCUCUGAUGAGGGUCGUGUGCAGAUGUCUGCAGCUGCUUUUGCCAAAGGUCUUCUUGACCUAGAAGGGCAGCUAACACCAAUCCUGGUAUCCCUUGUUAGCAAGGACUCCUCCAUGUUGGAUGGACUUGAAAAUGCAAGUACUGAAAUGGAUGAAGCAAAGGCUCGGUUGAAUGAAAUUAUCACCUCCAGUGCAAACGCAGUUGAUACCAAUGGAUCACAGGAAUUUCCUUGGACGGUUGAUGGGGCUGGAUUGCCACCCAAUGCAUCGGAAUUACUUCCAGAGUUGGUAAAGCUGACUAAGAAGGUUACUGAACAAGUAAGAUUACUUGCAAAGGAUGAAGUUGAACAACUUACAGAAAGAAGCUUAUAUGAUAUAAUUCCUCCUUAUGACCAAGCGAAAGCCCUUGGCAAGACAAAUAUGGAUGUUGACCGUAUAGCUGCUGGAUUACCUUGCGGUAGUGAGGGUUUUCUAUUGAUGUAUGCCCGCUGGAAAAAGCUUGAAAGGGACUUGUAUAAUGAACGCAAGGAACGCUUUGAUAUCUCCCAAAUUCCUGAUGUUUAUGAUUCAUGCAAAUAUGAUCUCUUGCAUAAUGCACAUCUUAAUCUUGAAGGGCUGAAUGAGCUUUUCAAAGUUGCUCAGGCACUUGCUGAUGGUGUGAUUCCUAAUGAAUAUGGAAUUAAUCCAAAGCAGAAACUGAAGAUUGGCUCAAAGAUAGCUCGUCGUUUAUUGGGAAAAAUUUUAAUUGAUGUGAGGAACACUAGAGAGGAAGCAAUUAGUGUUGCCGAGCUAAAGAAUAACCAAGACCAUGCAUUAAUUGAAAAUGAAGAUACAGAGGCCAAGUCCAAAAACUCCCAUAAAAAUGAUGAAAUACGAAAAUCCAGCACUAUGAGUGAUACAUCAAUGGAUCAGGAUGAUGAUGAUGAUGAUAAAGAGCCUAAAUAUCGUUUAGAUCCAAAGUAUGCAAAUGUGAAGACACCUGAACGCCAUGUGCGAACGCGCCUAUACUUCACAUCAGAAUCACAUAUCCAUUCUCUCAUGAAUGUUCUUCGAUAUUGCAAUUUGGACGAAUCUCUUCAAGAAGAAGAGAGUCUUGUUUGCCAUAAUGCUCUAGAGCGACUAUUUCAAACAAAGGAGCUCGACUACAUGAGCUACAUUGUGCUGAGGAUGUUUGAGAAUACAGCAGUGGCUUUAGAAGAUCCUAAAAGGUAUCGUAUAGAGCUUACCUUCAGCCGUGGUGCUGAUUUAUCCCCCUUGCAGAAGAAAAAUAGCGAGGCAACUUCACUGCAUCAGGAGCACACACUGCCUAUUAAGGGCACAGAGAGGCUGCAAGAAGUAGGUUCAUAUCUCACAUUAGAAACUAUGGAGAAGAUGAUUCGACCAUUCGCCAUGCCUCCAGAAGACUUUCCACCAGCAACACCUGCAGGAUUUUCUGGAUAUUUCACUAAAAGCAUGCUUGAGCGUUUGGUAAAUCUUUGGCCUUUCCAUAAGCAAACCCAUUCUAGUGGAAAAUAGUAAACAUGGAAAUACUCUUCCUCCCUCUCUUUCAUUUUUCCUGUCUCAUUUUUAUGCAACAUGUUGAUCAUCAUCCAAAACGAGCUUUAGACUCUUUUGGAAUUUUUUUCUAAACAGUUGACAUCUUCCAACAAGCAAAGAAAAGAAUAUUGUUGGAAGUAGUAGAAAGUAGCCAUUAUUAGUAAUGAAGUACACUUUCUUCCCAGCCAUCUCAAUUAUUUUUAUCGAAGAAGAUCUACUGCAUUUCAUUA